CACCACCCCCGCGGUGUCAGGGGCGGGGCCGGCGGGGCAAACAUGGCGCUGAACAGGAACCACUCGCAGGAGGGCGGUGUCGUCAUUCCCAAUGCCGAGAGUGUUCUCAAACAGUGUAAAGAUGUGGAGCUCUCCUUCAGUGACGUGACAGGCAAGCCUGAAGUGUUCAAAGGCACCAAGAAAGGAAUGCUGUAUCUCACCCCUUACAGGGUGAUCUUUGUGUCCAAGGGCAAGGAUCCUAUGCAGUCAUUCAUGAUGCCAUUUUAUUUGGUGAAAGGAUGCUCAAUUGAGCAGCCUGUUUUCUCUGCCAAUUACAUCAAAGGACAGAUCCAGGCCGAGGCCGGAGGUGGCUGGGAAGGGCAGGGAACAUUUAAGCUGACUUUCAACAGUGGAGGAGCCAUUGAGUUUGGACAGCUGAUGUUCAAAGCUGCUUCUAGUGCUUCCAGUGGCGUCCCUCUCCAGAAUCCUGGCUAUGGAUACACCCCUGUUCCUGGAGGAUAUGGACCUGCCCCCGGGGGCUAUUCACCURUGCCAGGAGGCUACGCUGCCCCUCCACCACCAAACGGGCCAUAUCCCUAUGCACCACCUCCCAUGAAUGCCUACGGACCUGCUCCACAGCCCAUGGGAUAUCCAUAUGCCCAGACUCCAGGUAUUUACCCGCCACUUCCAAACAUGAACUCCAUGUAUGUGUCACCUCCACCGCCCUACUCAACAGCUCCUGCAGAACCUUCAGCCCCCUCAGCUCCCUCCGCCUGGGUGAGCCCAGGGAUGCCAGGAGGUAGUAAGGCCAUGGAAGCUGCUUCCAGUGCAUAUUACAACCCUGCUAACCCACACAAUGUAUACAUGCCCAUGGAUCAGCCACCUCCUUAUACACCUCCUGAGGAUAAGAAGAACAACUAACAGAAGGAAAUUGCAACCAGCCUCCCACAUUCUCUCUCCCUGGAAACAACUUGGCUGUUAGUACCCCUCAAGUUAGCAUAUCUCUAGAUCUUUGUUUCUCUGCAACAGAUAUAAUGCUGGGCAGCUGAGCACCUGCCCUCCUUAAACAUUGUCAGUGGCAAUACAAGGCAGGACAACAACACUUUGCUACUUACUUGCUUUAUCUCAUGGGGUUGAAAGACCAACCUUUUGACCUGUCSUUGGCUUGAGAAGAGAGAUGGACUUCUUAUUAAACCAUAUCACAUGACUAAUCUAGGAUUAAAAUGUGAAGGCUCUGAGAUCUUGUUGGCAUAAAACAACUUGGAAUGCCAAACUUUGGACUUCUGAAGCACCAUCCAGGAGGAAAGGUGUAGAGAGCCAUGAGGUUUCCUGCACAGAUCCUUGGAUACCAUAGAAAGGUGUUAAAUUUCUUUAAAUUCUAGCACAAUUCAGUGUGAGAUGGAACUUUGGAAAUCCUGUAUUGUGCUGGAAGUGUGUAGCAUCCUGGACUAACGGUGGUGGGGUGAUGACCUUGGGAAGUGCAUUCUAAGAGACACUGAAGCAUUUGGCUAUGCAAGAGGGAAGCUGAUGGGCCCCAAUCAGCCUGUCUUUGUAGCCAUUGACUAGAAAAGCAAGCAAAGGUGUGCCUCAGGGCAGGGAGUUCAUAAACUGGCAGGCUUGUGGACCAGUCUUCCUUUCCCUGUCCAAGCAGGCCCCAUAUCUGUGCAAUGAUGUGUGAGGCAGCAGUUUCUUGAGCAUAAUGGAGUCAAGAGCAAGAGGCUGCCUGCCUGGAGCGAAAUAUGUUACAUUAGAAAGAUGACCUGGCACUAACCUUGUCGGGAGACAAGUCCUGCAGCCCUGGCUCCCUCUGCUGAGCAAACUUGUGCUGUGUGUGCUACCUCCAYAGGGGAAAACUGGCCUUUAUCUUUUCCAGCUGCUGGAACCAGGCCAUGUGUGCCCACAUCUGAGCAACAUGGGCAGGUGGGCACUGUAAUCCCAGAGUUGGUUAGUUAGGGGUGCAGUGCCCUCAGCUGGGAGCUGCUGUUUGGGUGGGAUUAACUAAGGCUUGGCUCUCUUGCAGAGACAUUGGCUGCUUAGCCACAACCUUUCCUUUUUCCUUAGGACAUACUGCCAUUAAACCUAUUCUGAAGAGAGUCUUUAGUCUGGUGGAGAUCCUUGUGAUCCUUUACAUAUGGGGUGAUCAUACUUAUAGCCUCCUUACCUUCACAGUGAGGGGCAAGGAGUGUUUUUCCUCUUACUUCUCUGUGUGGCAGGGCUCUCCUGCAAGUCAGCUUUGCACAACUUAAAAGUACGAAUUCCUAAAACAGUUCCACAUAGGGGGAAAGUAAGUUUCCUUAUCUAUAAAUACUUUUUCUCAGUUAAAGAUACUCUUAACUACUCUGUAUUAAAAAAAAAAAAAUCAACCAUGAAUGUUUGUAACUUUUUGAAUUGCACUUUAAUACAGGAGUGUUGAUACCUUUA